UCUCAAGACAGGCGGAACGCUUGACGCUGCUAAGCUCCAGUCUACUCGUUGUUUUUUCGUGGUGCAAAUCUGGAGAAAACAGCAUCACCGCACUUGAAAGUGGAACAUCGGAAACUGAAACGUGGGCUGGGAGUUGAGACAUUGAAACACAUUUUGUUUAAGUAGAAUUCAUUAAAAAAGACUAUGGAAGUGAUGUGCCGUGUUCUCGGCUUUAAAGAAGUGAAUCAAAUCAAGUUUUUGAAGUGUGCCGCAGCAGAGGUCAUAGGAACAGCAACGUUGGUGAUGAUAGGCUGCGGCUCUGUUGGUACUCUGAACCCCAUGGAGGGGGCUCGCACCAUCUCCGUGGCCUUUUCUUUCGGGUUGGCCUUGACCCUCACCAUCUGGGCGUUCGGGCACGUCAGCGGGGCGCACGUGAAUCCGGCGGUGUCGUUGGGUUUUUUCAUCGCUGGUCAAAUAGGGCUGCUGAAGUGCCUAAUCUACAUGGUCUGUCAAGUUAUUGGUGCCAUUGCUGGCGCGUCUGUUAUAUUGCUGACCGUCCCAAACGCAUGGAGAGGGACAAUAGGAGCUACAGUUCUAGCCGAGGGGGUUGAAAAUUGGCAGGGCUUUGUAGUUGAGACUAUCAGUACUUUUCUACUGACGACCAUCAUCUUCGCUAGCAGUGAUGAACAUAGAACAGACCAUAAGGGAUCCAAAGCACUGAGCAUUGGCUUUUGUCUGACAGCAAAUAUUGCCUGGACGGGCACCGUUACUGGAGGAAGUUUGAACCCUGCCAGAUCUUUUGGGCCGGCAGUGCUGACUGGAAUCUGGGAUGACCACUGGAUUUACUGGACAGCCCCACCCCUUGGAGGCAUCAUCGCUGCCAUCACUUACAAAUUCAUCUUCGCUGAAAAAGCCCCGGAAGUAAACGAGGACAAGCUGCGCGCAGGAUGCUGCGCACGAGGAAGCUUCAGUGACUGCGGCCUCAUGUUGGAUGGGUCUAUGAGCAGGAAAAGUUCCGUGACGUUUUCCAGCAACCGGCUGGGAAACUGGCGUAGACACAGCAUGUCUAGACUUGACAGCAUCAAGAGCGACACGACGCUGAUAUCUGGGCUGGAGAGUGUCUAUGUACAGAAUGAUGGGUGCAACUUGCUGAUGAAUAAUUGUGUUUCUCACACGCCAAAUGUUGCGCUUGGUCAACAGGGGGGUAAAGUAGGCGACACAAAUUUAUAAAAAAGGAUAUUUUGUUUUAAAAUCACAGAAAAACAAAAGACGACAGUUUAAAAUGUAUACUUAAUUAUUAGAAAUGCUUCUUAACCUCAGAAAUCCUGCACAUAUGUUUGGAAACCUUGGAAAUCCAACUAAAAUAUGUUUCCCAUGUUAUAAAGUACGGGCUUUAAUAAUAUUAUAUAUUUCUUUUAAUAGCUCUUUUUAUGUUGACUCUGAAUCUAAUACAUUGC